AUGACAGGAGAGGAUACAUCAGAAAUUGCAGCCCUGGGGAGACUAUUCCAUUUGGGAAUGCUCUAUGAUAGCCGAAAGGAUGCACUAGUACCAGGAAUCACACUUUGGGAUCAUGAACAACUAAGGCACAACACAGAUGUUCGUUCUCAGCAUAAUACAGAAUUCAAAGUCACAAAGGAGGACUCCAUUGAAGAAACACUAUUUAGCAGUCUAAAGGUUGAUGAUGCUCUCAAAUUGACUAUUUUGGGUAGACUAAUUGAUUUAAAUGGAGUUGCCAAAUAUUUUAGGGACAAAAAAGAAUCUUUUAGACAAAAGAGGUUGACACUUCACUAUGCUUCAAACACCAAGUUUGCACAGUUGACAAUGGAUCAUUUGGGAAGAUUGGCUCACCCUGAUGUCUUAAUACACCCUGAUGACAAUAAUACAGCAACACAUGUGGUUACAGCAGUGCUAUAUGAAGCUAAAACAUACUUUGUGUUUGAUAGACAGGUUUCUUCAGAUGAGAAGAAUGUAAAUGGGGAGAUAAAGAUUGCACUUGAUAAACUGAAGGGUGUUCCUGCAGGUUUUCUGCAGAUAACACUAAGCAUUGGUCCAAAUAAAAAGGAGGCACUAGAAAAAUGUAAUUGUACAUUUUAUGGUGAUUUCAAGUUGUCCUCUAACCCAAACACUUUUGAAGAAGCCAUAAAGGUUUACACAGAUCUUGCCAAAAUUCUUGGAGAGAAUGCAGAAUAUGCAGUCCCUCUCAAAGUGUGGCUUUAG